UGGCUGUGCCUCCAAAGAGAACAGUAAUGCAGUAAUGUGCCUCCCGUAAACUUUUAUACAACAAUAAUAUUUUAAGAGAAGUGUGUGAAUAAUGGCAGAAUUACUUUUAGAUCCAAAAAUUAGAUUCUGGGUUUUUCUUCCCAUAGUGGUUAUUACUUUCUUGGUUGGUAUUGUGAGACACUAUGUGUCCAUCAUAUUAUCCUCUCAAAAGAAAAUCGAACUUCUCCAGGUUCAAGAUAGUCAAGUAAUGAUACGAGCGCGUUUGCUUCGCGAAAAUGGUAAAUAUUUACCUAGGCAGUCAUUCGCAAUGCGUAGACAUUGGUUUAACAACGAAGAUACAGGAUACUUUAAGGUUCAAAAGCGAGCAGCUGCUUCUCAGAAUCCAAUGACAGACCCUGGCAUGAUGACUGAUAUGCUAAAAGGCAAUGUUACUAAUGUUUUACCAAUGAUUGUGAUUGGAGGCUGGAUCAAUUGGAUGUUUAGUGGCUUUCUUACAACCAAAGUACCCUUUCCACUAACUUUGCGUUUCAAGCCAAUGCUGCAGAGAGGUGUAGAAUUGGCCUACUUGGAUGCGUCAUGGGUCUCAUCUGCUUCUUGGUACUUCCUCAAUGUGUUUGGGCUUCGGACCAUUUAUGCCCUUGUUCUUGGAGAAAAUAAUGCUGCAGAUCAGUCUAAAGUGAUGCAAGAGCAGAUGUCAGGGGCUGCUAUGGCAAUGCCUCCUGAUCCCAAAGCUGCUUUCAAAGCAGAAUGGGAGGCACUGGAAAUUACUGACCACAAGUGGGCUCUGUCCAAUGUUGAAUCAGAUCUAUUAGCCAUUACAGAAGAUAAUAUUGAGUAGUGUUUGUAUAUAGUGAAUGUGUUUACUUUAUGUUGAGUAUUUAUUUAACUAAAUUAAUUACAUACAAAGU